AUGCCCAACAUCCUUGUGGUAGGCGGAACCAGGGGCCUUGGAGCAGCCCUGGUCAAAUACUACUCAGAGCAACCUUUGACUAGAGUCUACGCGACCUCCCGUGGAGAUCCGCCACCGGGCCAGUCCCGCGUUCAGUGGUUGACUGGCGUUGAUCUGACGAAGCCCGACUGUGGCUCUCGAAUCGCGUCCCAACUGGACAGUGUCAGUCUCAAUACCGUUUACAUCACUGCGGGCAUCUUCCAGCUUGAGUCCUUCGAGGAGCCGAAAUGGGACGUCGAGGUGGCAACCUACCUCACUUCUGCCGUGGCUCCCCCGUUCAUCCUCUCAGCCUUGUUCAAAGGCAACAACCUUGCUGUCAAGUCAGACCCCCCUACCAGGGUGAUUCUGCUCUCUAGUGAAGCCGGUUCCCUCCUGCUGAAUCAGGCGGGAGGUGGAGGUAACUACGCUCACCAUGCGUCGAAGUCUGCCGUGAAUAUGGUGGGUACACAACUGAGAUACGAUCUUGAGCCCCAUGGCAUUGCUGUGGGCAUGGUCCACCCGAGUUUCAUGCGGACAGAGAUGACCAAAGGCGUGGGCUUCGAUGUUGCCUGGGACGAGAACGACGCCUUGACGCCGGAUCAGGCUGCGGAAAUACUGGGCAAGUGGACGGACAAUGAGUUUGGCAUGGACAAGACGGGGCAGUUCUGGGCGCCUCGCGGAACUAGAGACAUCGGGAGCUGGAACGCGGUGAUGGGUGAUCACGUCAAAGGCCCAGUGAAGCUGCCGUGGUAG